AUGGAUGUUAAAGUAUCAAACCUCUAUGAUGAACAAAAACUACCAUUUCUUCACAACAUGGAGAUUGUAGAACCACAAAGAAACCUUUUUCAUAGAGCCAUCAAUCAAACAUGUAAAAGCACAGCUCAUUUAGCCAAUCUUUUACCAACAGGCACUGUCCUUUCAUUCCAACUUCUAUCACCAAUAUUCACAAACCAAGGCAAGUGUGACCACGUUACACAGUUAAUGACUUUAUCACUUUUAACCCUAUGUGGUGCCUCAUGCUUCCUACUAUGCUUCACUGAUAGCUUCAAAGACAAUAAAGGGAACAUAUGUUAUGGAUUUGCCACAUUUAAAGGCUUAUGGAUCAUUGAUGGAUCAGCUACACUUCCACAUGAACUUGAUGCAAAAUAUCAACUAAGGUUCAUUGAUUUCAUGCAUGCAAUUAUGUCAAUUUUGGUUUUUUCAGCUAUUGCAAUGUUUGAUCAUAAUGUGGUUAACUGUUUCUUUCCAUCACCUUCAUAUGAGAUGCGUCAAAUCCUUACUGCAUUGCCUGUUGGAAUUGGUGUUUUCUGUAGCAUGCUGUUUGUUGCAUUUCCUACUCAUAGACAUGGAAUUGGCUUCCCACUUUCAACAAAUUAA